AUGGCAGCUCAAGCUUUGAUACCUGAGGAUGAGCUCCAUUGUUCUGUAUGUUCAGAUAUUUUUAAAGAGCCUGUUGUCCUAAAAUGUAGCCAUAGCUUCUGCAGAGUGUGUCUCCAGCAGUACUGGAAAGAGAAGGGCUCUCGAAACUGUCCCAUCUGCAGGAGAAAGACUUUCUCUGUGGAGGAACCUCCUAGACAAACGCAGCACACAGAGAGGCUGAUAAAAGCAGACUUUGAAAGGCUGCACCAGUUCCUACGAGAGGAAGAGGAGGCCCGACUAGCUGUACUGAAGGAGGAAGGGGAGGUGAAGAGUCGGAUCAUGGAGGAGAAAUUGGCAGACAUCACAAGAAACAUCUCCACCCUUACAGACAAAAUCACCACAAUACAGAAGGCCAUGGAUACUGAAGACACCUCCUUUCUAAAGGACCCAGAGCUGCUCUCAGGGGCACUGAUAGAUCUGGCCAAACACCUGGGCAACCAGACGUUCAGAGUCUGGGAGAAGAUGCUGGGGUUGGUGCAGUACACUCCUGUGAUGCUGGACCCCAACACUGCAUGUGCCAAUCUCUCUCUCUCUUAUGAUCUGACCACUGUGAGACGCACAGGUACAGCACAGAACUGUCCUGACAACCCAGAGAGGUUUAACCACUGUGUGAAUGUGCUGGGAUCUGAGGGGUUUACCUCAGGGACACACAGCUGGGAGGUGAUGGUUGGAAGUAAAACUGUCUGGGCUAUAGGAGUGGUGAAAGAGUCCAUUAUUAGGAAGGGAAAUAUAAGCAGCAAAGAUAAAGGAUUCUGGGUCUUUUCCCUGUGUAAUGGUGGUCAGUACCAAGCAGAAGAUACUGUGCUCAAACUGGAGAGGAAACCACAGAGCAUCAGAGUGCAGCUGGACUAUGACAGGGGGGAGGUGUCCUUCUUUGACUCCAGUGACAUGGCCCACAUUCACAUUUUUAAACACACAUUCACUGAGAGAUUGUUCCCAUUCUUCUGUCCUGGUUGGAGAGAUGGUGGUAGGAAUGACGCCCCCCUGCAAAUAUGUCCAGCAAAGGUUUCUAGUUUGAGACUGAGCGACUGUGAAAUGGAGGCUCCAGCUUUGAUUCCUGAAGAGGAGCUCAUCUGUUGUUCUGUAUGUUUUGAUAUUUUUAAAGAGCCUGUUGUUCUAAAAUGUAGCCACAGCUUCUGUAGAGUGUGUUUGCAGCAGUACUGGGAAGAAAAGCGCUCUCGAGAGUGUCCCAUCUGCAGGAGAAAGUCCUCUAUGGAGGAACCUCCUAUAAACCUGGCCUUAAGGAGCAUUGUGGAAUCCUACUUAAAGCAGAAGACUGACAGAGAAACUGCACACAAGAGUGAGGCUCGCUGUCGUCUUCAUGGGGAGAAACUUCUAUUAUUCUGCAAACAUGACAAAGAAACUCUCUGUGUCGUCUGCCACACUUCAAAAAAACACACAAACCACCCAGUCUGUCCAGUGGAAGAGGCUGUACUGGAUCUUAAGGAGGAACUCAAGCCUGCCCUUAAUCUCAUUAAAGAAAAACUGAAGAUGUUUACUAAGAAUGAACAAGAGUGUAAGAAAACCGCAGAACACAUUAGGAGUCAAACCCAGCACACAGAGAGGCAGAUAAAGGCAGACUUUAAAAAGCUGCACCAGUUCCUACGAGAGGAAGAGGAGGCCAGACUAGCUGUACUGAAGAAGGAAGGGGAGGUGAAGAGUCGGAUCAUGGAGGAGAAAUUGGCAGACUUCACAAGACACAUCUCCACCCUUACAAACAAAAUCACAACUAUAGAGAAGGCCAUGGACACUGAAGACGCCUCCUUUUUAAAGACACUGCAGGACCCAGAGCUGCUCUCAGGGGCACUGAUAGAUGUGGCCAAACACCUGGGCAACCUGACGUUCAGAGUCUGGGAGAAGAUGCUGGGGAUGGUGCAGUACACUCCUGUGAUGCUGGACCCCAACACUGCAUGUGCCAAUCUCUCUCUCUCUGAUGAUCUGACCACUGUGAAACGCACAGGUACAGCGCAGGACUGUCCUGACAACCCAGAGAGGUUUAACCGCUGUGUGAAUGUGCUGGGAUCUGAGGGGUUUACCUCAGGGAAGCACAGCUGGGAGGUGAAGGUUGGGCCUAAAACUGUCUGGGCUAUAGGAGUGGUGAAAGAGUCCAUCAUUAGGAAGGGAAAUAUAAGCAGCAAAGAGAAAGGAUUCUGGGUCUUUUUCCUGAGUAAUGGUGGUCAGUACCAAGCAGAAGAUACUGUGCUCACACUGGAAAGGAAACCACAGAGCAUCAGAGUGCAGCUGGACUAUGACAGGGGGGAGGUGUCCUUCUUUGACUCCAGUGACAUGGCCCACAUUCACACUUUUAAACACACGUUCACUGAGAGAUUGUUCCCAUUCUUCUGUCCUGGUUGGAGAGAUGGUGGUUGGAAUGACGCCCCCCUGCAAAUAUGUCCAGCAAAGGUUUCUGUAACAGUGACAUCAUCCCAGUGA